AUGUCCGCUACGAGUAGUCCAGUGGACGCGAGGCUCCCGCAUCGUUCCUCGACGAUGAGGAGCUCCGUGACCGGUCCGGACCGCCGGGCUUCUAUGAGCGAUGAUGAGGCCAUUCCGGAUUCUGACAGCAGUGAGACUACGAAUCUCCUUGUCGAGCGCCUCCGCGCUUGGAAGCAUAUGUGCGGCAACUUGGAGGACUUUGUUAGUGUUACUGCUAAGGUGCAGAAGUCGCAGUCGAAGGACUAUGAGAAGGUUCUGAAGACCGUUAGCGAUCCCCUGAAAGAGGGGCACCAUUUUUCGCAGAGCGUUGGGGGCGUUUCUUCUAUGUUUGAGAAUAUUCGCGCCAAUACUCAGGGAAUGGUCAGCAUGUACCUCGACGGAGAGAAGAACUUGAGGACCUCCGUCCUCCCGGCCCUGGAGCGUCUCCACAAGGAAAUCAAGAACAAGUCGAAGGAGUUGGCGACCGGUGCGUCUAAGAGCGCUAAAGCUGUCGAGAAGGCCCGCCAAACCACCCAGAAACACAUCGAGCUCCUGGCCACGCAGACGGCCACGUUCGACGCCGCCGCCGGAAACAAGGUCGAGACGGCCAAUGACCCGUACCUGCUGCGCCGCGGCGUCAACCACCGCCUCAACAAACAGGUGAUCGAGGAGAACAACAACCGCUCCGACAUCAUCGCCGUGCAAAACAACUUCCAGCAGUUCGAGGCCCACGUGCUCCAGACCAUCCAGGCCGCCAUGGAGCAGUUUACCGUCUUCGUGAACGGCCAACUAGAGCGUCAGCGCACCAUGUACUCCGAUAUCCUGGGCGCCACCCAGCGCAUCCCCCCCGAAUUCGAGUGGGUCAACUUCAUCACGAGGAACGACCAGGCCCUCGUCGACCCCGAUGGGCCCCCGCGAUCGCUGGCCAACAUCAACUUCCCGAACCAGGACCACCGUUCCACCACGCCCCUCGUCGAGGGCAGCCUGGAACGCAAGUCCCGCGCCGUCAUCAAGGGCUACAACUCGGGCUUCUACGUCGUCACGCCCGCGCGCUACCUACACGAGUUCAAAGACAACGACGACUUCCAGAAGGACCCCGCCCCAGAGCUCUCCCUGUACCUGCCCGACUGCGUGGUCGGCGCCCUCGACGGCGCCAAAUUCAGCGUCAAGGGCAAGGACGUCUCCAGCGGCAAGGUCGGCAACGCCUUCCACACCAACACCGAGCUGCACUUCAAGGCCCACAGCGCCAGUGAGGCCGAAAAAUGGUACAAAGCCAUCAAGGAAGCCUCCAGCGGGCCCACCCUGCAAACCAACACCGCUGCCGCCGCCGCUGCCACCGUCGCCAGCCCCACCGCAACCUCCCAGCCCGCCAGCCCGGCCGUCGCCACCGGCGGUAACGGUGCCUCCCCCCCGGGCCAACAGCCCCCGGCCUACGGCGAUCACCAGAACGACCCCGUCUCUCCCGCCGUAACGGGCCCCAGCGACGCCGCUCAGAGCCCCGUGUCUCCCGCGGGAGUCAGCCGCACCAACACCUCGGCGUCAGCAUUCAGCAGCACGGCGGCCACAGGUGACAAGGCUUAA